UUUUUGUUGAAUUUAUUCAAUUUCUCUAUUAUUUUUCCAGAUUCUUUCGAUUCUUCUCCUUUAUUAGUCCCAUUAACUUGUUGGAUACCUCCUCCUAAAAUACAACAAGUUCUGUCUUUUACAAUGCCACAAUGGAAAGCUUCACGUACUACAAUAUUACAACCAACUUAUAAUCAUCAACAUUUAUUAGUUGCUGGAAAUGAAUUAGCUCCAGGAUGUAUUUAUAUGUUUCAUAUAGCCUCACAAUUGUUAAUUCGAACAUUUACUACACCAAAACACUCACAGGUCACUUCCUUGUGUGCCUCUAGAUGUAAAGAAAAAAACACAAACAUUUCAAUCCAACAACAACAACAUUUCUUUACAAGCGCAACAUCUGAGGGAACAAUUCAAAUUUGGAGUUUUACACAAGCAGAUCCUUUAAAAUCCUUGGAAGUUAGUUCUACACGGAUUUUUACAACAGCUUUGAGUAGUGACGAUAAAUGGAUUGUUGCCGGUUCUGCCGAUUCUUGUGCAAGAAUUGUAACUUUAGAUAGUGGGAAAGUAACAAAAGUUUUUCGUGACCAUACAGGCCCAGUAGUUGGUUUACAAAUUUCGUCAGACGAUUCUUUGUUGGUUACUGGUUCUGGUGAUUUUGCUGUUAUGGUUUGGGAUAUUGAAAAGGAAAUUAUUAUUACUCGUCUACAAGGAAAUGAUGCCUUUUUGGCUGUUGCUUGUGAAGAUGAAACUUUGAGAGUAUUUUCUCUUGUAUCGGCACAAGAAUUGCAUGAACUAGUUGGGCAUGAAUCGAGAAUUAAUGCUUUGCAGUCAUCUGCUGAUGAUUGCAAAUUAUUUGCUGGGACGAAAGGGAAAAUUCUUGUUUAUGAUAUUCAUAAUGGACAACUUUUGGAAAUUUUAUUAUUUCCGCAAGAAAGACAACCGAUUUCCUCAAUUAAAAUAAGUGACGAUGAUAGCUUUGUUUUGGCUGUAGCUGGUGAUAGAGUAAGUAUUUGGGCAACAAAUUCAAUAGACAGAGACGUUGCUUCCGCACACCAAAAGGAACAACAAAAAUUAUUAAAAGAAUUAAAUUUAAAUUAUCGAAGUAGAUCAGAAACUAAUGAAUCUGCAGAAAGUCAAACAUCUUUAAUUAAUAAUAAUUUAAUGGGUAAUAAAGAAGAAGGAAUAAAUGAUGAACAAUUACCUAAUAGUAGUGUUUCUUGUAUUCAAAUAGCACCAGAUGAGAAGGGAGCCGGUUGUGGAACUGUAGAUGGGGUUGUUGCUUUUUGGGAUUUAGAUGUUUGUCAAUGCAUGUGGACAAGUAGUCAACAAAGGACUGGGAAAGUGACUGCUUUGGGGUUUACUACAGAUUCUUUUUUGUUGUUAAGCGGAACUGAGCAAGGAAAUAUUCAUUUUUGGGCAACAGGGACAGGGCAAUUGCUUAAACAAUUACAGCUUCAUACAGACUCGAUUUUGUCCUUAAAUGUUUUUGUUGAUGGGGGAAGGAAUGCAGAAAUGGGUCAAGUAAUACCAACACAUCAACAACAACAAUACCAACCUUUAAGAGUUGUUUCUUGUGAUUCUUCUGAUAAUGCCCAUAUUUGGACUUUACCUUCCCUUGAUGAAAAUAGCCGGAAAAUAGAGGUACUAUAA